CUUAUAUCUUCCCAGUCGCUCCCCGCCGCCACCCCAAAUACCCCUGCAGCGCGAGACACCCCUGCACCGCCCCUGCCACAAGAAAAUCCCUUAUCAGCCAGCUUCCCCGCCCCGACUACUCAAUGUGUGGAGUCGGCUUCCUCUGCUCUGUCAAGGGAGAACCAGCCCACAAGAUCGUCAGCGAUGCCAGACACAUUCUCUGUAAUAUGACCCAUCGGGGUGCCACCGGAGCAGACGCCCGGGAUGGCGACGGUGCCGGUGUCAUGACGGGCAUUCCGCACGAUUUUUUCGUCCGCGAAGCCUCCUACUACUUUGAGGCCAAGCUCCCCGCUCCAGGGCACUACGCUGUCGGCAACUUGUUCUUCUGCAAAGACGCGUUCGAGGACCAGAAGGCUAUCGUCGAGGAGGUCGCCAAGUCUCUCGGUCUCAGAGUACUCGGCUGGAGAGAAGUGCCUACCGAUAAUACCAUCCUCGGACCAGCGGCAAAGAGCAAGGAGCCCAAGAUCCUCCAACCUUUCGUCGUACUCGAAGACCAUUACGGUGCGGGCCAGGACAGCCAAGAGGGAGAGUUCGAUGAGCGCAAGUUUGAGAGGCAGCUGUACAUUCUCCGAAAGCAGGCUACCCACAAAAUCUCUCUCAAGGACGGGUUCUAUGUCUGCUCCCUCACCACCUCCAACAUUGUUUACAAGGGCCAACUUUCUCCUGUCCAAGUCUACAACUACUACCACGACCUCAACCACGCCCUUUACGCCUCUCACUUUGCCCUCGUCCACUCCCGUUUCUCCACCAACACCUUUCCUUCUUGGGACCGAGCCCAGCCCAUGCGAUGGGCCGCUCACAAUGGUGAAAUCAACACUGUGCGAGGCAACAAGAACUGGAUGCGCGCGCGCGAGGGCAACCUCAAGUCGGACCGCUUCGGUGACGACCUCGAGCUGCUCUAUCCCAUCGUCGAGAGCGGCGGUUCCGACUCGGCAGCAUUCGACAAUGUCCUCGAGCUGCUCGUCGUCAAUGGCGUCCUCACUCUUCCCGAGGCUGUCAUGAUGCUCAUCCCCGAGGCUUGGCAAAACAACGACCUUAUGGAGCCCGAGAAGAAGGCGUUCUACAGCUGGGCUGGGUCUUUGAUGGAGCCUUGGGAUGGUCCUGCUCUCUUCACCUUUUCCGACGGCAGGUACUGUGGUGCCAACCUCGACCGAAACGGUCUCCGGCCUUGCCGAUGGGUUCUUACCUCUGACGGUAUCAUGGUCUGUGCUUCUGAAGUUGGCACCAUCUCCAUCGAGCCCGAGAAGAUUGUCCAGAAGGGCCGUCUCAAGCCUGGUAGGAUGCUCUUGGUCGAUACCAAGGAAGGCCGUAUUGUCGAUGACAAGGAGCUCAAGAUGAAGACUGCUCGCCGCCAGCCUUUCGCUUCGUGGGUCGAGUCUCAAAUGCUUCGUCUCCCCGACGUCCUCCGCCGAGUCGAGCGUUUCGAGAAUAUUGGCGUCGAACUCGACGACUCUCCCCUUUCCACUGACCCCAAGCUUCUCGCUUUUGGCUACACUAUCGAGCAGCUCAACAUGCUCAUGCUGCCCAUGGUACAAGAGGGCCACGAAGCUCUCGGGUCUAUGGGUAACGACGCUGCUUUGGCAUGCAUGUCUACUACCCCUCGAACGGUUUAUGACUACUUCCGUCAGCUUUUCGCCCAAGUCACCAACCCUCCCAUCGACCCUAUCCGAGAAGCCAUCGUCAUGUCGCUCGAGACCACCGUUGGUAACGAGGGCAACUUGCUCGAGAUCAACCCCAAGCAGCUCCACCGUUUGCACCUGAAGAGUCCCGUGUUGACGAUUCAAGAGAUGAACGCCAUCAAGCAUAUGAAGGUCGCCAACUCUGGCUGGCCUUCUAUCACAAUCGACAUUACCUUCGAUAAGCGCGAGGGUCUCCCGGGAUAUAGAAAUGCGUUGGAGAGGGUCAGGCAAGAGUCUUUCAACGCCGUCAACGCUGGCUUCACCUCCCUCAUCCUUUCGGACCGCGCUACCGGUCCCGAUAGGGUCCCUCUUUCUGCCAUCCUCGCCGUUGGUGGCGUCCACCACUACUUGACCAAGGAGAGGCAAAGGAGCAAGGUGGCCCUAAUGGUCGAGACUGGAGAGGCGAGGGAGGUGCAUCAUAUGUGUGUGUUGAUUGGAUAUGGCGCGGAUGCGAUUUGCCCGUGGCUGAUCAUGGAGAUGAUUCACAAGGUUGACCGAGAGGGAUUAGCGAAAGACUCUCAGAACGCUGAAAAGCUCGUUGGCAACUACCAAAAGGCCACCGACGAAGGUAUCCUCAAGGUCCUCUCCAAGAUGGGUGUUUCGACUCUUGCCUCUUACAAGGGUGCGCAGCUUUUCGAGAUCCUUGGUCUUCACGAGGAGAUUGUGAGCGAGUGCUUUGUCGGUACUGCUUCGAGGGUGCAGGGCGCGACCUACGAACUAUUGGCUAUGGAUGCUUUCGAGUUCCACGAGAGGGCGUGGCCCUCGAGGGAUGCUAUCGUCGUCCCCGGUAUGCCCGAAUCUGGUGAAUACCACUACCGACAAGGGUCAGACAUGCGCGUCAACGACCCUGUCUCUGUCGCUCAACUCCAAGACGCCGUUCGACAAAAGAAUCAAUCUGCCUACGACACCUACUCCAAAAACUCCCACGAAGCCAUCAAGCGAGGCACUCUGCGAGGUCUUCUCGACUUCAAAGUGGAAGAUGCGACGCCUGUGCCCAUCGAGCAGGUUGAGCCGUGGAAUGAGAUCGUUCGACGAUGUGUCACUGGUGCCAUGUCUUAUGGGUCUAUCUCCAUGGAGGCGCAUACCACUCUUGCGCUCGCUAUGAACAGGCUGGGCGGAAAGUCCAACACUGGUGAAGGUGGUGAAGAUGCCGAGCGAAGUCUUCCCAUCCCCGGUCCUGGCGCUGACCUCGACGGACAACCUUUCACCCACGCCAUGGAGCUCAAGCCCGUGUGGGACUCUCGCAGGUCGGCUAUCAAGCAAGUCGCCUCUGGUCGAUUCGGUGUGACUUCCAACUAUCUCGCCGACUCUGACGAGCUCCAGAUCAAGAUGGCUCAAGGCGCCAAGCCUGGAGAAGGUGGUGAGCUCCCAGGUCACAAGGUUUCUGCUUCCAUCGGGCGAACCCGUCAUUCGACUGCCGGUGUCACCCUCGUCUCUCCUCCUCCCCACCACGAUAUCUACUCUAUCGAGGAUUUGAAGCAACUCAUCUAUGACCUCAAGGCUGCCAACCCCCGAGCGCGUGUGUCUGUCAAGCUCGUCUCCGAGGUCGGAGUUGGUAUCGUCGCCAGUGGUGUCGCGAAAGCCAAGGCUGACCAUAUCACCAUCUCCGGUCACGAUGGCGGUACUGGUGCUGCCAAGUGGACUUCCAUCAAAUACGCCGGUCUCCCUUGGGAGCUGGGUCUUGCAGAGACCCAUCAGACUUUGGUGAUGAACAAUUUGCGAGGGCGAGUCACUGUUCAGACCGAUGGACAGAUCAGGACAGGAAGGGAUAUCGCUAUUGCGACCUUGUUGGGUGCUGAAGAGUGGGGGUUCGCGACUACUCCGUUGAUCGCCAUGGGUUGUAUCAUGAUGAAGGCUUGUCACAAGAACACUUGCCCCGUCGGUAUCGCCACUCAGGACCCCGCUCUCCGAGCCAAGUUUGCCGGUCAGCCAGAGCAAGUCAUCAACUUCUUCUACUAUGUCAUCGAAGAACUUCGUCAGAUCAUGGCCAAGCUUGGUUUCAGGACGAUCAACGAGAUGAUUGGCCGAGCCGAUAUGCUCAAGGUCGACGAGUCUCUCCGUACUCCCAAGACUGCCCAUCUCGACUUGUCCCCCAUUCUCCAGCCCGCUCAUCUUCUCCGAAGCGAUGUCGCCACCUACCGAGUCAGGUCUCAGGACCACAAGCUCUACAUUCGCCUCGACAACAAGUUUAUCGAUGAGGCCGAGCCUGCCCUUCAAAAAGGUCUGCCGGUCACGAUUGACUGCGAUGUUGUCAACACAGAUCGAGCUCUUGGUACGACAUUGUCUUACCACGUCUCCAAAAAGUACGGAGAAGAGGGUCUUCCUCGGGACACUAUUCAUAUCAACAUGAAGGGUUCUGCUGGUCAGUCUCUGGGUGCUUUCAUGGCUCCCGGUAUCACCGUCGAGCUUGAGGGUGACGCGAAUGACUAUGUCGGCAAGGGUCUUUCCGGUGGUCGACUCGUAGUCUACCCUCCCAAGGCUUCACCCUUCAAGGCCGAGGAGAACAUUAUCAUCGGAAACGUCUGCUUCUUUGGUGCUACUUCUGGACAAGCCUUUGUGCGAGGAAUUGCUGCCGAGCGAUUCGCCGUCCGAAACUCUGGUGCCACUCUUGUUGUUGAAGGUACUGGCGACCACGGUUGCGAGUACAUGACUGGAGGUCGUGUUGUCGUUCUUGGUCUCACUGGCCGAAACUUUGCUGCUGGUAUGUCUGGCGGUAUCGCCUACGUCCUCGAUAUGGCGCACAGCUUUGCCCCCAAGGUCAACAUGGGCUCGAUCGAACUUGGCCCUGUCAGCGACCCCCAUGAGGUUGCUGAGCUUCGAAGCCUCAUCGAGGAGCACCGACACUACACUGGCUCCGAGAUUGCCGACCGAGUGCUCAAGAACUUCCACCAUGUUCUUCCCAUGUUUGUGCGAGUCAUGCCUCUCGACUACAAGCGCGUUCUCGAACAGGAAGCUGAGCGCGUUGCCGAUGAGAAGAAGAGACAGUCUGUUAUCGACCUCAUUCCUUCUCAAACCGCUUCCCAAGUGGACCUUGUCGCUACCGGUUUCGACCCUGUCCUCCCCCGCGACGCCAAUGCCCUCACCAUAUCCACCCCUAACCUUCUUUCACCCAGUGGUUCUCCCAAGGCCAAACCUCAGGAGCCCUCAAUAGUCGACGUCGAAGAUGCUAUGAUCGACGAGACCGCUACCAAGGAGAAGCUCGCCAAGGUUGACAAGGUCCGAGGCUUUAUGAAGUACAAGCGUCUUAAUGAAGCCUACCGACCUCCUCGUAAGAGGGUCAAGGACUGGAAGGAGAUCUCUGCCCGACUCAAGCCCCAAGAGCUCAAGGUCCAGUCGGCGCGUUGUAUGGACUGUGGUAUUCCCUUCUGUCAGUCUGACACUGGCUGUCCCAUCGCCAACGUCAUUCCCAAGUGGAACACCAUGAUCUUCGAAGACAGAUGGCAGGAUGCUCUCAACAGGCUGCUCAAGACCAACAACUUCCCCGAGUUUACCGGUCGAGUCUGCCCUGCUCCUUGCGAAAGCGCGUGUGUAUUGGGUAUCAAUGAAGCACCGGUCGGCAUCAAGUCCAUUGAGUGUGCUAUCAUUGACAAGGGUUUCGAAAUGGGUUGGAUGACUCCCAACCCUCCCGAGCACAGAACUGGCAAGCGUAUUGCGAUCAUCGGUUCCGGACCGGCUGGCCUUACCGCUGCCGACCAGCUCAACAAGGCAGGACAUAUCGUCACUGUCUACGAAAGGCAGAAUCGUGUGGGUGGUCUUCUCAUGUACGGUAUCCCCAACAUGAAGCUUGACAAGGGUGUUGUCCAACGUCGUGUCGAUCUGAUGGCGGCUGAAGGUGUCAACUUCAUCACCAGCGCUCAUGUUGGCGUUGACGAGCGAUACGACCCCCUUGCCAUCAAGGCGGAGAAUGAUGCCGUUGUUGUUGCUACUGGUGCCACAUGGCCUCGAGACCUCAAACUCCCCCACCGAGAAGUCGACGGCAUUCACUUUGCGAUGGACUUCCUUACUCCCAAUACCAAGGUCAAGGCUUUCGGUGAUGAUGCUCCUGGCUUCAUUUCUGCCGAGGGCAAGGAUGUCAUUGUGAUCGGUGGUGGUGACACCGGUAAUGACUGUAUUGGAACUUCCAUGCGACACGGUGCCAAGUCUAUCGUCAACUUUGAGCUCCUCCCCGAGCCUCCCAAGUCUCGUGCUCCCGACAACCCUUGGCCGAUGUUCAACCGCUCUUUCCGAACCGACUACGGUCAUGCCGAGGUCCAGGCUCACUUCGGUCACGACCCUCGCAGAUACUGCAUGGCCACCAAGAAGUUUGUGCUGGAUGAUGAAGGCAAGUUGAAGGGUCUCGACACGGUCAAGGUCGAGUGGACAAAGAUGAACGGACAAUGGAAGAUGGAGGAGGUUGCUGGGUCCGAAGAGUUCUAUCCAGCCCAGCUCGUUCUGCUUGCUCUUGGUUUCCUUGGGCCUCAGCAAGAGUGCCUCAAGGCUCUUGGUGUCGACACUGACCCUCGAACCAAUAUCAAGACCGCGCCCAACAGCUACGUCACCAACGUCCCUGGUGUCUUUGCUGCUGGUGAUUGUCACCGUGGUCAGUCUCUUGUUGUCUGGGGUAUCCGCGAGGGUCGACAAGCCGCUGCGGAAGUCGACUCAUUCCUCAUGGGCCACACCCAUCUCGCUUGGCAAGGGGGUAUCGAAAAGCGGCAAUACGUCGUGCCCCCCGUGACCAAACCUCUGCACGGUCUCGAUGAGAAGAUCAUUUCCGACUUUGAGACGAGUUCGCAAGGAGUGGAUUUGGAGAGUCUCUCCGUGGCUGCUAGUGCCUGAGUUGUGCUCGUACAGGGCGAAGGGGGACGUUGAAAAGUCAAAAGGCCAGUAAACAUGUGAAAGGCAAAACUGAGAUGCUGGAGUCAGAGGACGGGGGCUGCAUCGCCGGUUUCAUUCGAUACUCUAUCGCGUCCUUUCCCUCGAUCUUAUCACAUGGGAUUGUAGCCAUUAUCAAGAAGGUUUCGAGGUGCUAUUAUUAUUCUGCUGUAGUGUUGAGUUGUCUAUAUAAGUUGUGAAUUUAUGCAAGUUGUCCCAAUA